ACCAUUGAUGUAAACGAAGAAAGAGGGUCCGAAGGGUCCGAAGGAGUACGGUGUGUUAGAGUAGUGGAAGUAGGUGUUUUUAUUAAUGCUAUUUCGUAGUGAAUUAUUUCAUGAAACUAAAGUGGUUGUGUUUGUUUCAUAUUUUCGAGUGUCGAAAUUUGUAAAUUAAGACGUGUGAACAUAAUAGUAACCGUAAGAGGUAGGCAUUAGCUGGAUUACAAAAUGGCUGCGAGUGAUUCAUCCAGCGACGAUUCGCUCUACCCAAUUGCUGUACUGAUUGAUGAAUUGAAAAACGAAGAUGUGCAACUUCGUCUGAACUCCAUAAAGAAACUGUCGACAAUUGCACUUGCGUUAGGAGUUGACAGGACACGCAGUGAGCUUAUCCCAUUCCUGACUGAAACUAUUUAUGAUGAAGAUGAAGUCCUUUUGGCCCUAGCAGAGCAACUGGGUAACUUUACACCGCUUGUUGGUGGUCCAGAUCAUGUACAUUGUUUGCUGCCACCUUUGGAAUCACUAGCGACUGUUGAAGAGACAGUGGUGCGUGACAAAGCAGUGGAUUCUCUACGAGCUAUUUCUGGACAACACAGCCCAAGUGAUUUGGAAGAACACUUUGUGCCCUUAGUCCAGCGCCUGGCAUCAGGUGAUUGGUUCACUUCACGGACAUCGGCGUGUGGUCUCUUCAGUGUUUGCUAUCAGCGAGUUAGUCCAGCUGUAAAAGCUGAUCUACGUAAUCAUUUCCGCAACUUAUGUCAGGAUGACACACCAAUGGUACGGCGUGCAGCAGCCAGCAAACUAGGUGAAUUUGCAAAAGUUGUGGAAGUUGAGUAUCUCAAAUCAGAUUUGAUCCCCAUGUUUGUGAACCUGGCACAAGAUGAACAAGAUUCUGUGCGAUUGCUGGCAGUGGAAGCGUGCGUUAGCAUUGCCACUCUAUUGCAACAGGAUGAUGUUGAACAGUUGGUCAUGCCCACACUGCGACAGUGUUCUGGGGACACCUCAUGGCGAGUGCGUUAUAUGGUUGCUGACAAGUUCACUGAGCUUCAGAAGGCUGUGGGGCCAGAAAUCACAAAAUCAGAUCUUGUACCAGCAUUCCAGUCACUACUGAAGGACACGGAGGCAGAAGUGCGUGCAGCAGCAGCACACAAAGUGCGUGACUUUUGCCAGAAUUUGGACUCCUACCAGCAAGAAACAAUCAUCAUGACACAGAUCCUUCCGUUCGUAAAGGAAUUGGUUGCUGACCCCAAUCAGCAUGUCAAGUCAGCACUUGCUUCAGUCAUAAUGGGUCUUAGUCCUAUACUUGGCAAGCACAACACCAUUGAGCACCUGCUCCCUCUCUUUCUCUCACAGCUCAAGGAUGAAUGUCCUGAAGUACGGUUGAACAUCAUUUCCAAUCUUGACUGUGUCAAUGAAGUCAUUGGAAUUCAGCAGCUCUCACAGUCAUUAUUACCUGCUAUUGUUGAGCUGGCAGAGGAUUCAAAAUGGCGUGUACGACUGGCUAUCAUUGAGUACAUGCCACUGCUGGCUGGCCAGCUUGGAGUGGAGUUCUUUGAUGAGAAACUGAAUUUACUUUGCAUGACUUGGCUUGUUGAUCAUGUGUAUGCAAUUCGUGAAGCUGCCACAUUAAAUUUGAAGAAGUUGGUAGAAAAAUUUGGACCAGAUUGGGCACAGAACACAGUGAUCCCAAAAGUACUGGCCAUGUCCCGUGACCAGAAUUAUCUUCACAGGAUGACAUGCUUGUUUUGCAUUAAUGUUCUUGCUGAAGCCUGUGGUUCAGAAAUUACAGCCAAAUUGAUGUUGCCCACAGUUUUAACCAUGGCAGGUGAUAAUGUUGCCAAUGUACGGUUCAAUGUAGCUAAAACUCUUCAGAAGAUUGGACCUGUAUUGGAACCCAAUUGUAUACAGACACAGGUUAAGCCAGUUUUGGAUAAACUGAAUGUUGAUAGUGAUGUUGAUGUGAAAUACUUUGCAUCUGAAGCCAUUGCAGGAAUUGCAGUAGGUUGAAAAUGUAAAUGUGACAUCAUCCACAACCGUGAUGCACCUCCUACAUCAUUGAUGUUGAACAAAUUCAGAGUCCUUCGUUUUAAUUUCUGUGUAAUAUAUAUAAGUAUCUGUUAGUGUGCCCUUAAAUUUACUAACAGAAGUACUUUUUUUUUCUGUGCAACUUGAAAACAGGUAAUGUUGAUCGUUUUUGUAGUAUUAUACAUAAAUUUUCCUAGGUUAAGCAAGAUAUUUUGUCUGUGACAUAACUUGCACCAUGCAUUUAUGAUUUAAGGUUCAUAGGAAAUUAUACUGAAAAUACCUGCUGUAAAAAUAAUAAAACCUCAUAUAAAGAAAAACUGCAAAUGAUUUUGUCUUUCUUUUAAGUGACCUGGAUAUGAAAGUGG